AUGAACGAUUUGCCGUGCGGUCCGAGGCCCGGGCAUAGACUCUACACUGUGUCCGCACCGUGUCCGAUUACACUAUUCUCACUCCCGCGUGACACGGUCUUCUCACAGCCACAUGUCCACCUACCAUCACUGACCUCUUUUCCACAAGACUCAGUUGUUUUCCCGACGGCUGGCCCUUCUGUCGAUCCGCCAGCUCUCACACCGGAUGAACAAGCCCAUGUUCAUCUACCAUCACCGCCAGCUGUACACCCCGUUGAAGCACCGUCAAUCCCACGAAUUCUGGCCAAGCCGCCAUCAUCCAUGAAUCCCCUUCCUAAUCCUCGAUUCGCCUCGCAGAUGCGGCCCAUCUUCACAGACCAAUCAAAGCGUGAACAGGAGUUACGAGAAAACACCCGUGUUGUGGAGGAACAGCGGCUUGCUGCAAUCAAGAAAGUGAAGCAUACCGUUACUGUGUGCACGUGGCUCUCGGAUGACGAUGGGCCCGAGGAAUUCAUCCACCAGGGUGGCUUCGUCUGGCCCAAUUUCUGUAUAUCAACCUCCCUUCUUGCUGCCGCCGGCUUUCAAACAAGCAAUGAGGAUGCCUGGUACCAUUUGUACAACCGUUCACGCUGCUCGUGGCAACGGUUCAAGGCCAAUCACGUCAUUGCCGUGGAUAUGACGACGGAGGUCCUCAUCAAAGAUGUCAAUGUGAAGACCUGCCAUCGUCUCAGUGACUACCUUGCCGACAGCAGGAUAAACUCUACUCCAAAAAACUUUCAAACGAACCUUCGUGCUGAGCGAGUGAGCAUCAAGGUCAAACUCGACCGCCAGUUCAUGGAGUUGAAUCCAUCCACCCCUCACUCUUCCACUCCCUCUCAAUCCAAACGACCUCGUAAGGUCUCUUGGCCACGCACUUCCAUCGCACUGACCACCACACAACCGCCAUCCUCCAGUACUGCCACAGAUAGCGAGUUGUCGUCUGACAUGUAUUGUACACCAGUCAAACGUCGCAAACUGCCUGCUGGCAAUUCCUCUAGGACAACUGCACCAGUCAGCUCAAGCACCAUUCUAGGAGAAGACAAACGGUGGCCCUCUGACUACCGGGUUCGCGAUGUCAUCCAUGUCCUGCAUAGCUGCAAACCACCUCCACCACGAACAACCAUUGCCCAACACUUCUAUUCGUUGACCGGCAUACCUUUCAAGAGCUCGACGUACUACGACGCAUGGUCCAGGUGGGAUGAAGCCACACAAGAGCAACGUGAUCAUGCUGAAGGGUGUGGCAAGGAUGGUCUUUGGAAAGACUUUGCGGUUCGUGUUUCUCUUGAGAAAAUGAGACUCAAGGUGGCUCGCCAACGGGUCCUGCGGCGCCAACGCACUGCUGAAGCUGAGGAAAGUGAUGGUAGUGAUGACAGCGUCAUCAGUUUCUCUACGCUGUCGUCUGAUUAA